AUGACGGAAGCGGCUGCUCUGCUCUUGGGUGCUGAGGUCCUCAGUGCAGGCACAACACAGGUCACUCCGGGAGAGCUCUCCUUUGUGAAGACUAUUGUUAGAGGGAAUAAACCUCGAAAAGAUACUUCAAUCAAUGGCCUGCUGGAAGAGUUUGACAAUAUCUCGGUGACACGAUCCAAUUCCCUGCGGAAGGAAAGUCCUCCCACCCACCACCAAGGAAACGCGAACCAUGUGCCCAGGCACCAGGAGGAAAAUGGUUACAUCACGUACUCGCAGUACUCCAGUGAGUCAGACACUACGACAGACUAUGUCGUGGAAAAAUAUCGAGACAAGACUCUGUAUGGGGAAGAGUUAGACAGGUACUACAAAGGGAGCUAUGCUGCCAAGCAGAACGGGCACAUGAUGAAGGUGACUUCCCGGGACAUCUAUUAUUCAGAAGUGGUGCCCCUGCAGUCAGACCUCUCCAGGUUCCUCCCAGAUUACCACGCACACCUGGAGGCAAAGCCCAAACCGCUGGAAUACGGCGGCCUAAAGCUGGAGUAUCAGCGGAUCCCCAGUGGAUCUUCCUUGGACUAUAGAGAUCCCUUCCCCUACGCCCCAUCCCGAGCGUCGGUGCAGAGCGAGUGCCCCAAGGAGAGGCUGGAGUACAGUGACAGCGACUGGGGACAUGGCCUGGGCAAGGACGACUACGACAAGCGGCCAAAGUCAUCCUACGUGGACCCAGCGAGCCCUCAGCCUGCGAUGAGGCAGAGGUCCAGGUCAGGCUCCGGUCUGCAGGAACCGGCCAUGCCCUACGGAGCGAGCGCUUUUAAAGCACACCAGCAGGGACAUUCUUACAGCUCCUACACCUACCCCCGCUUGUCCGAAACUGCAGCAGGCAUCCCCAAGGUGGAUUAUGAUCGAGCGCAGCUGGUCGUUAGCCCGCCGCUCUCUGGGUCGGACACCUACCCCAGGGGCCCAGUAAAGCUACCUCAAAGUCAGAGCAAAGUCAGCUAUUCAGGCAGCAGCUACCAGUACCCUCUGGUGUACCACAAAGCAUCUCACUAUCACCAGCCGUCUCUCCAGCCCAGCUCUCCCUAUAUUUCCACUGCCUCCUACCCCAGCUCCCCAAGUAUCACGUCAAGUGCUUAUCCUCCGCCCAGCUGGGGAUCCUCCUCAGACCAGCAGCCCUCCAGGGUGUCCCACGAACAGUUCAGAGCUGCCCUGCAGCUCGUGGUCAGCCCUGGCGACCCUCGGGAGUAUUUGGACAACUUCAUCAAGAUUGGGGAGGGCUCCACAGGGAUUGUCUGCAUCGCCACCGAAAAGCACACGGGAAAGCAAGUCGCCGUGAAGAAGAUGGAUCUCAGGAAGCAGCAGAGAAGGGAGCUGCUCUUUAACGAGGUUGUAAUCAUGAGAGAUUACCAUCAUGAAAACGUGGUUGACAUGUACAACAGUUACCUCGUUGGCGACGAGCUGUGGGUUGUGAUGGAGUUUCUGGAGGGCGGCGCUUUGACAGAUAUAGUGACUCACACGAGGAUGAACGAGGAGCAGAUAGCGACCGUCUGCCUGUCUGUCCUGAGAGCCCUGUCCUACCUGCACAACCAAGGCGUCAUCCACCGCGACAUCAAAAGCGACUCCAUCCUUCUCACGAGCGAUGGGAGGAUAAAAUUGUCCGACUUCGGGUUCUGCGCCCAAGUGUCAAAGGAGGUCCCCAGGAGGAAGUCGCUGGUUGGGACGCCGUACUGGAUGGCACCAGAGGUGAUAUCCCGCCUGCCCUACGGCACCGAGGUGGAUAUCUGGUCCCUGGGCAUCAUGGUAAUAGAGAUGAUUGAUGGAGAACCUCCCUACUUCAAUGAGCCGCCGCUGCAGGCCAUGCGCCGAAUCCGGGAUAAUUUACCGCCUCGAGUGAAGGACACGCACAAGGUCUCCUCGGUCCUCCGGGGCUUCUUGGACUCGAUGCUGGUGCGGGAGCCCUUACAGAGAGCCACAGCACAGGAACUGUUGAGACACACGUUUCUCAAGCUGGCCGGGCCCCCUUCUUGCAUCGUGCCCCUCAUGAGGCAGCACAGGCAUCGCUGAACCCGGGACUCUUCAGGAGGAGGUCGCUGCAGAGUCUGGGUAAUGAAAUCCCGACGGUCGUGUGGGAACCGCGGGCAGGGAGGAGCGAAACCUUGCUGAAGGAAACCAGCCUUG